GCAGGAAAGGCCUCGUCCUCACGCCGGCGUUGUGUCCCGUGUCAGCGCUGGACGCGAACGGACACGGAAAACCGUUAGCUUCGUUUGGCGCCUCUGAGGUUGUGGUGCGCGCGCGCGCGCGCAGCCAAAUCCCUCGCGGGGAUUGGUCGAUAAUUUCCCGCUUUCAACAAAUGAAAAGGCGCACGAGCGCGUAUUUCAUCCAACCAAUUAAGGUGAAGCGGCCGAAGCGGACCUCUGUGAGAGCAGCCGAGUUCCACCGGAGCGGGGAGGGGGGGUCCGUCUGUCUCUCCUUCGGCGAGCAGGGGGGCGCGCAGCGAGCUGAAGUGACACACAGAGGGACAGAGCAGAUACAGAGACCUGAAUUCCGGAGCAACGGACUUCGCCUCCGCUUUGGUUCCGCUGUUCCGGAGGACUGGACCGGGCUGAGCCCAGCUGCUCUCCGCUUUAUUUUUCCCGAAUCUCCGGGGGAAGAUGUCCGUGUGUCUUCGGUCCAAGCACAGAGUGAAUAACGUCGCUCGGUGCUGAAGCGGACCUGGCGAGGAGCCGCGGAGCUAGCUCGCUAACCAGCAGACCAGCGGCGGACAGUGAUGAGCGCUGAGGCUCGCCGCCUGAGGAGCUUUUCCAUCGUCGCGACGCCGAGCAACAUGGUGACCAGCGUGUGCUGCGUAUCCAAGCCCAGCUGCUCCCCGGAAUACAGCCCGCGACACGCAGUGAGAAUCCAAGAUUAACAAAGGACCGCAGAAGCCAAGAAGAGCUAGCUGAAAGAGCCAUCAGUGUGGAUGAGGAUGACUGGAGCCCCAGCCAGGAAAAAAAGUCUUUCUUUUUUAAUGAGGAUUAAACAGCGUAUGGUUUUGUUCUUCUUUUUAUGAGCCAGGGGCUUUUUGCAAAGGAUGUUGAUUUGCACGGAUUGAAGUAUUUGUCUUCUUGUUCUUCUUCUUUCUUCUUAAAGCGCAACCAAAACCAGUGCCAAACAUUAACUGUGCCAAGCAGAAGCAAAAAAGAAAAAUAAUUUCAACUGUAAUUUUGAGACAUUUUUUCAUCAUUUAAUUCUAAUUGUCAAAACAUAUUUUAACCAUUUCCAUUACGUUCCAAAUUAACCUUUUUUUUGGAAAAAAAAAGUUUAUCCUACCAGUGACCUAACAGUGAAACUCAUAGUCAAGAAGAAAGUAUUAGAAAGUGGUCAAAAGAUUUUUUUGUUAAAAACAGUUGCUGCUCCAAGAAUUAGGGAGCAUAGUGCAUUACUGGUUUGAAGUGCUUUAUUUAAGAGUGGAUGUUAGCAGUGCAUUAGCCUGCGUGCUAGCACACUCUCUCACUGGGAGGAGUUGCCCUGGACUGACUGAUCAAUGGAUGGUUGGGCUUGAUGGAUGCCCGGUACAAGCCUCAUUAAACUCCCCAAAGUGACCUGCUGCUAAUUUUCUCAAUUAGUCCACUGUCCCCCUCAAUGAGUCCUCGCCUGUGUCUAAUUCAUCCUAUGACCUCUGAGCCGUUCUGCGCUUCUGCUUUUUCACGAGAACUUUCUCCCUCUCUUUUUCUUCCCUGAUUUCUGCGCACUGUGCACAUUUAGAACAAAGCCCUUAAGAGACUUUUUGCCUCUGAAGGGAUAAAAACAAAACAAAACAUUGAAGCCAUAGGCCCCAUAGCCAUGCUAAUGUUAAUAUCCCUGUCAUUGCAGAAGCCAUAAUACCCAUAGCCAUGCUAAUGUAAGGAUCCCUGUCACACGUUGAGAUUGGGUUUUGCAACUAUGAAAAAUCUGAAAUUGCUUUAGAAGCACAGGUGCACAGGUAUAUUCAGGGAUACUUUAGAGACCAGUAGUGGCACAGGUGCAUUCUGCCAUAUUCACCAGCACGCGAUCUGUGGCUUUAAUCUGUUUACAUAAGUAAUAUGUUCAAUUUUCCACUACUUUCCACUGUUUGGAAGAAGUGAAAGUACGCCUCCGUACACAGAACAGAUUAAUUGAUUUGGCUGAGAGGGUCAAUACUGUGUUUGUUGCCCUCCACGAGUUCCGUAUUGACGAAUGAAUCCCACCUCGUUCAUGUCUGUUCAGUGGGCACAGUCGCGCUGUCCUGCCAGAACUGGGCCCAAACCCCCAUUUGUUUUAUUCUGUUGGGCUGAGUUAAACCCAGAGCAGAGACAUUCGCGCAAAAGAGUUCAACAUACCUAGACCGUUCAACAGACAGUUCUUGAGCUUUGCUUAUACCCAACUUCACCCACUGUUCCUUACACAGUCAUUUUCUGUGGCACCCCAUAAUACGUGUAAAAACACACCCACCUUCUCUGACUUCUUGUCAAGUCAAAAAUUGACAUAUGCUGCUUUGGUACCUUUUAUGAGUACCCUGACUGACAAGACUCUGCUGAAGCCUUUGUGAUGAGCCGUUGUCUUCUUGUAUCGCCUUUAGAAAAAAGAUCAGCUCUUCCUUCAUUUUGAAAAUUCAGAGUUUAAUUUGCAAUCACUUCUUUGAGGUUAUUUUCUUACUGUAUGCUCUUGCGUUUUCCUGUAGCCUCAAUGACUUCCUGAACACAGAGGUUGUAUUUUUGUAUGCGUAUAGACCACAAAAUUUACAUGUUGUUGUGAUCAGUUGGAUUGUGGAAUCAAUGCCCAUUUAUCUAGAGGCUUGAAAGUUCUUGUUUUUCGCUUUAUUAUUUUCAUUGACACUGCCGAAUACAUAAACCCUCUCAGAUUUGUUUACAACACGUCAAUUCUCAGAGCUGCCACAAAUCGUUUACAGUUCAAGGAAGAGCUAAAAACAACCGUAACAGGUUUUUACUGGAGUUGAUAUCACUUUGUUUUCAUAGAGGUUUCAUAGAGGUGUUGUGCAACUAAAGUGCCAACUAGGAGCAAGAACAUUUGUCAAAACAUAAUGGAAAAGUAGACUUCAACAUAUAAAGUUUACACUUAAAGAGAAAUGUUUACAUGUUCCCUUUUAGGUGGACUAAUAUAUAUGUGGAGCAAUUUGUUAGUGUGAUAGCUCAGUUAGAGAAGCUUGCAUAAAACAAACCACAUAUAAAAAGUAAAUGAACCUGUUACCUUGAUGUGCUUAAGUGGUGCGUCUACACUGUUAACGUUUUUUCUUUAGGGUAUGAGAUUGUCCUCAACAGAGGAGUCAAUUUUUCAUCUAGACCAUGCUCAGUAAUUUUACAGAACAUUCCAUCGAUUAAAAUAAUCUGCAUUUAUUUCAGUUUGAGCCAGAAUAUCUGUAAAACAUUCCUUCUCUCUGAACAUGCCCAUUACCACAAUAAUUUCAACCAAGCAAAAACUGAAAGUUCAGUUUGAAAUGUAUAAAUGUAUUAACUCUGUGUGCAUUUCUUAUAUUGAUAUUUUCCAUAGUAAUAUGUUUACACACAGACAUCACCAACCAGAAGUUGCAAAUUUAGAUGUGCAUUUUGCAUAUUGAAUAACUUGCAUACCAGUGUAUGCCCAUUUAAACAUAAAAAAACUUCUUGCCUAUAUCUCAUAUACUGUCACAGUGACGCAUAACUUUUGAUAGACUUUUCCUCAGUAAACCAGUCUUUUGUAGAUCUGAGAACUCUUUUGUACAAAAGUGUACGUCUUUCUUUGAUACAAAAGAAGGCCCCAGCAUCAAAAUGACAUCUGCUGCCAUCUUGUUUUUUGUCCUCCUAUUGGACCAUGUGGUUUCCACAGUGGCUAUUACCUCACAGCGGCACUCAGCCAAUGGUGGGCCACUGUUGCUUCUGUUGAAAAGCCGGGGAAAGGAGACCCAGCCCCCUUCCUUGAAGGGACUGGAAAAGCAAGCAGCGGCUAUGGCAGCGGAGCCUGAGGCGGCUGAGAUACCCCCAUUGCCCCUUCCCCAAAUCAUGCUCCCUCGCAAUGUGACAGCCGAUGCCCUGAAGCCCCCGCUGGGGGCCGCACAGGUGGCGCCACCGCCCCGCAAACGGGUGGACGUUGAUGUGUGCCGGGGCUACUACGACGUGAUGGGCCAGUUUGACAACACCUUUAACUGUACUAAGGGCACCUACAUCUACUGCUGUGGCACGUGCCACUACCGCUUCUGCUGUGAGCAUCAGCGCAACCGGCUGGACCAGGACUCAUGCACCAAUUACAAUUCACCCGUCUGGGCAAACACACAGGUGCCUGCCACCCAGCCCCCGAGCCGUUCUGACCCGGACUUCGACCCACUGCAGCAGCAGAGUAACAAUACAGCUUACGUCAUUGGUGGUGUCAUCUCUUUCACACUGGCUGUAGCCAUUGGAGUCAAGGUGGCUUGCCACAAGAUAUCCCGCAGACCCAGGAACCGAGACAUUAAUAUGCCUAGAGCAUUGGUUGAUAUCCUGCGUCAUCAGUCCAGCCCAAUCCAACAGAGUGAGAGGAACAACAGCACCAUCUUGACCACUGCCACCACCAGUGAGGCUACUCUGGGACGGCAGUCCAAAAACCUCUAUACACCUAUCCUCCAGAGCAAAGACAACCGGAUUGGGAAACACAAUUUAACCCAGCCUGGGUCCAGCCCCAAGCACACGGCUACUAUUGAGCGUGUACCACGGAUGAACAACGCUCAGCUGGCCUCCACAGGAACUCUGCUCUCCAGCAAGGCCAACAACGCAGGCCCUCAUCCAACAUUUUCUCACUCGUUCCACAACCUGGCCCAGCUCCCUCCUUCAUACGAGGCUGUUAUGAAACCUGAAAUUAACCGCUAUUCUUCCCUCAAGAGACUAGAAAAAGAUCUGGACGAUUACACAGGUUAUUAUACCUCAAAGAGACGAACCAACAAUGCACCACCUUCUUUUCACUCCUCCCAACAUCACCUGCACUGGGGGGGUGACUAUACUCUAGGGGCACGGGGAACGUUGCCUCUGCACUCAUCCCAUACUCGAAUCCAUGUACCUACUUCUACCUCUACGCCAAACCCUUACCCCUUACCCCAGUCGCCAUACAGCCCCACAUUUGAGACAAUGAGCAAGCCUCCACGCCGGGUGUUGUCUCAAGACCAGCUUCUGGCCCUGGGAGAAGGAAACCCCCUCUCUCACCUCUCCAAGAACCAGCAGCACCAGUACUACAAAGCCAUGACCACCAGCAAGAGUUCCAACUCCCAGGCACUGCGAAAGUCCUACGAGCGCCUCCUGGUGUCGCCUGAUCAUCUAGAGGAGAGAAUGAUGAUGGGUGGGAUGGGUGACUAUGGGGGCAUGAUGUCCACCAUGUCUCAUCUCGACCACCAAAAGAAAGCGCAGUCGCAGCAGAACGUGUGCGUGACGCCCUCGCUCGACCGCCACCACAUGAUCAAGAUGAACUCGCACCCGACUUCUGGACGUGAACAGGAGCGUAGCACUGCUGCUGCCAUGUCAGCUGGCCAUGGGGCUGGCACUGUGUGCUGGGGGGAGGGACACGGUUCUGGGGGCGGCGCCGGAACUAUGGGCCACAGCGCCCGCAGGAUGGCCUUUGCCACAAAGCGGCAGAACACCAUUGAACAGCUGCACUUCCUUCCUGGAGGAGGCGGGGGAGGGGGUGGCGGGGCAGGCGGCCAGGCGCUGAGGACAGGGAGUAAGAACGAAGUCACUGUGUGAGGGAGGAUCGAGAGAGAAAGAAGACAGAAAAGGGCUUGAUAGAAUGUGAGAUGCUGAGAUGCAUUUGCUCAAAUGAAAGAGGGGAGAAAAGACUUUAAGGAAAGCUUAGAGUGAGAAUGAACAAUGAAGUGGAGAAAAGGGAAAGUAACAGAGGUUCAGAGUGAGAACAGAUGUAGGGUGUGAAGCUCAUAGCAAGGAAACUUGGUGUAUUGCUAGGGCCUCAGAGAGGGAAAGAUGUGAGAUAAUGCAAGUGAGAAUCCCUUAUUUGCCCCCUGCUGCUUGUUGCUAAGAAACAAGGAUAGGAUAAACCCUUGUGAUAUGAAGGUGUUUUUGAGAAGAAACUAGAUGAACUAAGAAGGUUCCCAGUUCUUUCUUAUAUAUGACUGUAUGUGUACUGUAUAUUAACAUUUUGGAGGCUACAUGAAGGCAUAUUUUCAGAAAGUGCUGGUGAAAAAAAAGUAAGUAUCAAAGAAGCUUUCUCUAAUGAGUAUCUUCCUACAAUUUAAACAUAUUACUGCAAGUUUUAGUGAAGACUCUUGUUGGAUAUGAUAGAAAUGAGAGAAAGUGACAGGUGAAAGCUUGUGUUGUCUAGGAGUUUACUGAAGCAUCUCCUGACUAAAUAAAUGGAUUUUUUAUUCUAUAAAGAAUCAUUUGACAAGUAUCAUGGAUUGUGCUGUGACAAGUGCACAACGAGAAUGAUAACACCAAAAAAUGUUCAGCAAUUUACUACUUUAUGCUGAGGAAAAUAAGGGAAUUCAGAAAUAUAGUGGAGUUCCACCAGACAUAAGACAAGCUGGAAGCUUUGAGGAAGACACUGAAAUUGUGUGUGAUCAAUUUUGUAACUUGACUUUAGAUCUAAAGAUGUGGCAUGUUUUUUAAAUCAACUUGGGGGUGGGGUUGGGAUGAACCAUGGUUUGACACAGUGCAGCUUCUGAGCUGGACAGUAUUUUAGAUAACAGUGACACAGAUUUGUCCCAAUUUGUCUCCGGCUAGUUCAUGAUAUCUUUGAAAAGGUGCCUCUGAGAGCAGUUGGUGGUGGUAGUCGUUGAUUCAUACACAGAUCGGUCAUUCGUGGCGGAUAUUUAGAGUGUCUAGAAGAAGACUAGAUCUAGAGGAAGGAAACAUUUAUUGACUGGAUCCGUCCAGCGCACAGUAUCUGGUAGUAAUUAGUCAGUAGGCAUCACGCCUUUUCAUGCAUGUCUGACCAGUCAUGGGACCGCUACGUUUGACUUUUCCGGUCAGGGUCCUUUUUGGUCUGUUAUCAUGGGAGUAUAAGAGUAGACAAAAUAAUUAUGAGCAUGCAUUAUUAUCAACAAAGAUCAAACUCUCACACAAUUUGUAACUGCAGCUGUUCACUGUAUUAGGUCAGUGGGGAAUGGGAAAGGGGAUGGGCAUACAGUGGACACUUUACUCCAAGGGCUAUUCUGAAACUUUACUCUGUAUGUCUGUGCUUCUGUGUUUGGUCGAGAAUUUUUUUUUCUUUUUUUUAAUUUUCAUUGUCAUGUGUCAGUGUAAGCGACACAGCUGUUUAGAACAAAAUGAUAAUCUAUCACUAAGAGUAAGGAAAAAAACACAAAGCAAGUUCUGACAUAACUAAUUAUGUAGUCUGGCAAGCCUAACAUCUUACAACAUGUUAAGAUGUGUCAUUUUCCCAUUAAUAAGCAGGCUGACUUUUGUAUAUUAUAUUCUGAAAAGCAAUGGCUUUUGUUAAAGGGUUUCUGUAUAUUUCUCUGCUGUAUACUCACCAAAUGGACAGUGUUGGUGUGAGUUACUGAGACUAGACUGAACUGAAAGUCCAUAUGGCUGAAAUCAGUGGAAAUCUAAAUGGCCACAAUAUAGGCCCAUAAUCUGAAAAUCAAAUUAAGCAUUUAAACAUUUCUUUCUACUGAAGUUAUAUCAGUAUAAAACAGGAAAAAAAAGCUUUGAUGAAUUCCCAGUGUUCAGAUGUGUAUACAUGCCAAUUUACGUGCACAUAUUGUUUUCAUUAUGAUUAAUAUUCUUCAUUCCAUCCUAAUUAUUCUGCUUAAGUUUCUGUGACUUCUGUUGAACUUUUUUUGUUACUAUUGAAGUUUCUAGUGGAUCUCAACCUUUGUAAUUACUGACAAAAAAGCAGAUGCAAUCAAAGUGAAAAGACAAAAAGCAUGAAGAUGUCAAAGCCAGUGUUGAUGAUGUCAUAUUGCUGACUUUUGAUGUCAAGGUGUGUAUGUGUCCUGUUUGUGUGUCUGUAUUUCUGUGCCUGUGUGUAGUUCAGUGUCUGUUUUGGAAUGCUGAAUCUCACAUUUUGUCUGACUUCUGUCUGAUUUGUAAGAAGUCAGAGAAUGUGCAUUUCAGAAAGCCCCAAGGAAAAUUAAAAAAUCCCAAAUACUGCUUUAUUUUUUUGUUCAUGUGAGUUUUUUUAAUCCCAAGCUUCCAUGACAAUAAAUGUCGUAAUUAUUUCCAAACCUGUUUUCCCUAAAGUAUUUUUGAUCAUGACAAUUUUACCUCUUGAUUUUUGAUUCUGUUGUUUAUUACAGACACACAAAUGAUGUAGGGCAUGAUCUGAUCUAGUGUAAUGUUGUUUCUAAUAAAAACCUUUUUCUUUUUUUUUAAUUGAAAAUAAACUCCUCAUCACUACAACAAGA